CUUUUUCAAACCAUCGAUGUUCGCAAAAGCAGUACUCUCCUUAUUCAACAGUUCCCUCACAGAACAGUGUCCUUGGAAGCAUUCCGCUUCCGGUUCCUCUCAAGUCUCAAGCUCUCAAGUUUCUGGAGAUGGCAACCAAUGCUUCUCUUCUCGCUUCUCGCAGCACGAGCACUGAAAGCCGAAACCGGUAUCCGAUGGCAUGGAGAGAGCAGAAGCCAAGUCAAGAGCUUGUCAAAAGAAAACUGAAGCUGCUCACAAUUCCAACUCAGCUCCGGUCAAAAAAGGAAACACGAAGAAAACCAAACCUUGCACCAUUUCGUCACCAUGUCCGUUACUCUUGACCUUGGAAAUGAUGAUAUCCUUGCGCUGCUCGACAGGGAAAUCCAAAGAGGGUAUUCUCGACGAACACCCAUUACAAAAAUCCAGAUCGAAUGUUCGAGCGCCGAGUUCUGGAUUGGAAUGGGAGAUUCUCUCACGGAGAAUGAUUUGAUCCUGAUCUUUCAAAAAGUUGGUCGCGCUUUUCCUUCCUUACAGGAGGUUGCCAUGAAGGUAUUCGAAUUGCCUCUCCCAGUCAUUGCCUUGGAUGCCUUGCUUCGGUUGACCAAAGAUACCCUCCAGGUGAUUGAUCUGGUUGAUGUCGUCCUCAAGGGGACCCAGCACGAGCUCGAGAGUCUUGCCAGAACUUUCGAAGGACACCCUUCUUUGCAAAAGAUUCACCUAGACUGGUGCCUACCUAUAGUUGGCAGCCUUGACGCUGUCUUUGGCAAUCUCUCCACCAUUCGCAAAUUGUCGCAUGUGAAGAUUUGCGGGGCCGCCAUCUCCACAGAGAGGCUUCGCGUUCUUUGCAGCAAACCCAGUCUCAAAUGCAUCAGCUUUCUGGAUGAUCAUAUUGAAGACGAUGGCAUCAUGGCCAUGGCAGAAUCACUUGAUACAAACGAAAAUGUUCGAGAACUGAGUAUUCGGCUCUGCGGGCUGCAUCCCUCCACCGGAGAAAGCUUUGCCCGAAGCCUUCGGGCCAACGAGAGUCUAGAAGCUCUGGAAGUCCGCAUCAAGGACAGUGACUGGAACGCAUACGGCCAAUCCUUUACCAACGCAAUUCAACAAAACAAAUCCCUCUCCAGUCUUACUGUCUUCGUCGACGGCAAUGACAUCCAGGUUACUCCCACUGUCAAACAGUUGACAGGAGCACUUUAUGGGCACCCCUCGCUGAAAUCUGUCCGCUUUGGCCUACGAGGGGCACAGACCAAUGGAGUCCCCCGAUUGAUUGCUGAGACCUUUGUGGGUCCACUUCGAACUGUCCUGGAAACCAAUACAAUCCUGGAGGAUGUUCAGAUUGAUGGAAUGAUGGAAAGCCCAGGACUGCCCUUAGACAUAACCUUCCUCUUGAAAGCCAACCUAGCAGGACGCGACAAGCUUCUGAAGAAUCCUGCUGACCAUGAUCUCUGGAUUGAAACACUCAUUGCAAACUCUGCAGAUGUCGGGUUCACACAGUACUUGCUCAACAUGAAUCCCUCCAUCUGCCCAGUGCCUCCUCCCACUGCGCUAUAUUACGAGGUUUAGAAAAUUCCUGUAUUAUACUAGCCACAUGUUUUUGAAUCAUUACUCUAAUAUCAGCGCAUCACUUCAAAUAAGAU